GAUUGGUAAUGAUUCACUAUGAAUAGCUUCGGGGUUCCGAAAAGUUCGGCCUUCAGCCUUCUAUUGCCUCCUCAUCAAUGCGGAAACAACGGAUUGACCUUGUCAGCAUUCCUGAUCGUGCUCACUCGUUCGCAAACACUGCAAGAUGUUGGAGUCUACUACCCACUCUGAACCUAUCAUCUACAAGUCCUUCUUCCCGAGUUUAAAACUCGAAUUCUCGGGUCUCUUCUCUCAUCUUUUCCGCAACAAGGAAUCGUUGGACGACUCCCCAGCUUACAUCGAUGCUAUUUCCGGUAUUACUCUCACCAGAGCACAGGUGCAUGAUCAGAGUUUGCGUCUUGCAUGUGGUGUUCGCAAACAUGGACUGAAGCGUGAUGAUGUCGCCAUGAUUUUCAGUCCGAAUUCCCUUGCUUGGCCCAUCGUUCUUCUUGGGUCUAUCGCAGCAGGAGUAAAAGCCACUCUCGCUAACACCUCAUAUACCACCUCCGAACUCGCCCACCAAAUCCGUGACUCCAAUACGCGUCUUGUGUUUGUUCAUCCGACUUUACUCUCCACACUGGAAAAGACCCUCAAUCAUUUGAGGAUCCCAGCCCAUGAAAUACGCAAGAAAGUCGUGAUCAUGAGUUACACGCCACAGGACGAGGUUGACGAGAAGGAGGCCGGAAUUGGCAAGGAAUGGGCACGGCUGAAGGAUUUCCUAAGUGUCGGCAAGCUAGUCGGGGAGGAGAGGUUCGAUGGAAGCGACAGUUUGAGCACUGUAUUGCUAUGCUAUUCUUCGGGUACCACCGGUCUCAGCAAAGGAGUAGAGACUACGCAUCGAAACAUCCUCACUGUCUUGCAAAUAUUUAAACCGGCGUUCUACGACUACGAUGCAAAAAAGGAUGUCAGUGGUGCCGUGUUGCCAUUUUAUCACAUCUAUGGUGUCGUUCAACUACUCUUCUUUGCUAUUCAUACCGGCAUUCCGACGGUAAUAAUGCCUCGUUUCGAGCCUGAACUCUUCCUAUCCACCACCCAGAGAUACAGAAUCACCAUAUUAAAGAUUGUCCCUCCCAUAAUUUUGUUUAUGAACACCCAUCCAAUGGUGGACAACUACGACCUCUCUUCUAUCCGGUAUGUGAUGUCUGCGGCGGCACCUCUGGGCGCCGGCCCCUCCAACAACUUGAUCGCCCGCCUCAAAGCCAAAGGUUGCAACGAAAUCGUCCUCACACAAGCAUUCGGCCUCACCGAAACAAGCCCUGCAACACAUCUCGUCCCACCAAAAUGGUCCACGAAGAAGAUUGGGAGUUGUGGCGCCUUGUUACCCAACUUGGAGGCACGACUCGUAGAUGAUGAUGGGAACGAUGUUAUCAAGCCAUCGGCAGGUGGAGCUUCUGCGAUGGAUCCCGAAAACGAUGGACGCGGGGAACUUUGGAUUCGGGGCCCCAGCGUGAUGAAAGGAUACCUUCACAAUCCCGCUGCCACUGCCAAUUCGAUUACACGUGAUGGGUGGUUCAAAACAGGGGAUGUGGCGAUUCGGGAUGAAGAUGGAUUUUACUACAUCGUGGACAGGAAGAAAGAACUCAUCAAAUAUAAGGGUUCCCAAGUGCCUCCCGCCGAGUUAGAAGCGGUCCUCCUGACCAAAGAAGACAUCCUCGACGUCGGCGUGGUCGGCAUCCAGUCCGUCCACGAGGGGGAAGAGCUUCCACGCGCUUAUGUCGUGUCUAAACGAAACGGAGAGCUUCUCAAGGAUAAAUCGGCCCAGAAAGCGUACGAACUCGAGGUUCAGGAAUGGAUCAAGUCAAGAGUUGCCAAGCACAAAUGGUUAAGAGGUGGUGUUGUGGUAAUCGAGGCCGUUCCCAAGAGUGCGGCUGGGAAGAUCCUUCGGAGGCAUCUGAGGGACCUUGCUAGAAAGGAGACUGAGCAGAUUAGAGGGAAAUUGUGACGCUGGAUUUACACUUUUCUCCGGUCUGGUUAUUCUUGAGGGUUCCAGGUUUAUGGAAUUGUCCCAGGGGAAGUUUGGGAAAAGGUACUUAGUCUCUUUCUGCGUCCACCGUACAUCAUUCUCUCCGCUACCUCUUCUGUGUUGCACUUAUGUUCCUCGGUAUUUUCGUGGUAUUGGUUUG